AUGACCGAUACUCUACAUGACGACGCACCCUUCUGGCUUGAAUCUAUCCAUCACCAAGGAACAGCGGCCUUCAACCCCGAUAAAUCAUACCAAGUAUUUAGAAACGUUAAAGAUUUCGGAGCUAUUGGCGAUGGCGUUACUGACGAUACGUUGGCGAUCAAUCUAGCCAUAUCAAGUGGUAACAGGUGUGGUGAGGAAUCAUGCGGUUCUUCGACGAUUACGCCAGCCUUGGUUUACUUUCCAAGAGGAACCUACCUGAUAUCUGCCCCCAUUAUCGCCUACUACUAUACUCAACUUAUUGGAGAUGCAAGGGCGCCCCCCACCUUGCUCGCGGCCCUUACGUUCGAAGGAAUAGCUGUUAUUGACGCAAACCCAUACAUUCCUGGGGGCUAUGGACGUCAAUGGUACGUGAAUACCAACAAUUUCUUUCGAUCCGUGAGGAACUUCGUAAUAGAUCUUCGGCGAGUCCCUCCGGCAAGAUCACAAGGGACUGGAAUUCAUUGGCAAGUGGCGCAGGCUACUUCUCUGAUGAACAUCGUGGUGGAGAUGUCUACGGCUUCCGGAACCGCUCAUCAAGGAAUAUGGAUGGAGAACGGAAGCGGCGGGUUUAUGGGGGACCUUGUGUUCAACGGAGGAAAAUUUGGCAUGUGGGUCGGAAACCAACAGUUUACCGCUCGUAACAUUACUAUCAACAAUGCGGACACAGCUAUUUUCAAUGUCUGGAAUUGGGGUUGGACCUAUCAAGGGGUUACCAUCAACAACUGCAAUGUUGGGUUUGAUGUAUUGACGGGAGGGACCUCCCCUGACCAGCAGGGUGUCGGUGCGCUGGCGAUCAUCGAUGCGACAGUUAAUGAUACCCCCAUCUUUGUCCGAUUCUCAAAGUCGAGCAACAGAACUCUCACAGGCUCCCUCGUUCUGAACAAUGCGAAGCUCUGCCGAGUUGCAACAGCUGUUGGCAUUGUUGGCGGUGAAACUGUCUUGGCUGGUGGCACCAAAACCAUUGAAUCCUGGGUUCAAGGCAACGUCUAUCGUGGAGUUGAGUCAGCGGGUCAAUACAUUAAAGAGUUCAUCCCCGCACCAAAGAAAUCUUCAAUAUUGCUCGACAGUUCUGGGAAAAUUUUUGGAAAGACGCACCCGCAAUAUGAAAAACAUCCUGUUGGUGAUUUUGUCAGUGUAAAACAAUGUGGCGCAAAAGGAGACGGGAAAACGGACGAUACCCGUGCUCUCCAAACCGUUUUCGACCAAUAUGCACGAUCUAAAAUCGUCUUCUUCGACGCUGGGACGUAUGUCGUCACUUCGACCCUCACUUUCCCGGCGGGUUCCAGGAUAGUCGGGGAGGCGUGGUCAGUCAUCGCAGGAUCAGGCAGCAAGUUUCAAGAUGUCAACAACCCCCAAGUAGUAGUUCGCGUGGGCGAAGAAAAUAGCGUAGGUGUUAUUGAAAUUACCGACAUUAUUUUUUCAACCGUUGGUCCUGCGGCGGGGGCGAUCGUGGUUGAGUGGAACAUCAGGGAACCUGCUGGUCAACAAGGCGCCGCUGGUAUGUGGGAUUCUCAUAUCAGGCUUGGGGGUGCAGCCGGAAGCAAUCUAGAACUCGGUCAAUGUCCACCUGGUCGGACUGAUACUGCGCCGUGCAUGGCUGCCUUUCUUGCGUUACACCUGACCCCGAAAUCCAGUGCAUACCUCGAAGGCACUUGGGUUUGGCUCGCUGAUCACGAUCUUGACGGUGACGGCGUCUCUCAAAUAUCCAUUUACUCGGGUCGAGGCAUUUUGUCGCAAUCUGAAGGGCCAGUUUGGAUGAUCGGAACAGCUGAGCACCACGUUAUGUAUCAAUACCGAUUGGUCGGGGCGGAUAAUCAUUACAUGGGAUUAAUCCAGACGGAAACGCCAUACUUCCAACCAUCGCCUCCAGCUCCUGAACCAUUUAAAUUUGAUUCUAGAUUUGGUGACCCUCAAUUCCCGCUUAGUCUGAAUGUCAAAUCUUCAUGGGCAUUAAGCGUGGAGUCAUCAAAGAGAAUUUUGAUCUUUGGUGCUGGGCUGUAUAGCUUCUUCAACAACUAUUCGCAAGCGUGCAUCGCUGGUAGAAACUGUCAGGACAAGGUGUUCGAUGUGGACUCGGAUUCGGAGGUGGAUAUGUUCAGCCUGUCUACUGUGGCAUCCGAAUUCCAGGUAAGCGUGGACGGAUAUGGGGUUGUGAGGGAGAGAGAGAAUUUGAAUGGGUUCGCGUCGAGCGUAACGGUGUGGAGUACUUAG